CCUGAUGGUGGCCGUGCUGAUGGGGAACGUGGCGCAGGCCAAAGUGUACACCAAAUGCGGCCUCACCAAAGAACUGCUGAAUAAUGGAUUCGAGAGGAGUUACGUGGGGAAUUGGGUUUGUCUUGUUGAAAGCGAGAGUGCUAAAAAUACGUCUAAAGUUACCGACAAAGCCGACCGAACCAAAUCCUUAGGGCUCUUUCAGAUAAAUAGCAAGGAAUGGUGUAAAUUUGGCUCGGCAGGAGGAAAAUGCCAGAUAAAAUGUGAAAAUCUCAUAGACGAGAAUAUCCAAGACGACUCUAUUUGCGCACGAAAAAUCCAAAGGGAAUUGGGAUUCCGCGCUUGGGACGGCUGGCUUCGGAGUUGUUAUGGGCGGAGGCUAUCCAUUCCACCUUGCUAGUGUUUGCAUUACACCUAUUCGAUAGCAUAUAUCUAUUAUACAGGUUGUAACGAAGUGAUACGUGCACCAAACUUUACCACUAAUCUCUAAAUAGAAGACCAAACAUAAUAAAACUGUUUAGGUUAUGAACAAAAAAUAAUAUACUUAUAUACUAAGCUUCAUUUUGAUGUUGGAAAUGUAGAAAAUUUAACUUAACAACAGCAAAAUAAAACACUAAAUCACCACAAUAAACCAAAACACUUUUACUUUGCGUUUCGUUAGCAUGUUAACAUCAUCAGCAGAUGAUUAAAUCUGAAAUAGUUUGCUGUUGUAAAACCAAAGGUUCCAACCCCCAACUGUAACUUGACUAGGCUAGACAAAAACCCUAAUUUUUAUAUAUCAUACGCUACGCAGAUGAUACUGUGAUUAAAUAGGUAUAAACAUAACCUAAACUCGGGUUCAAGUGAAUUCUAAAAAACGCUGGAAUCAGCAAUUCUAUUUAGGUAUAUUUUUCUUGUAGUAUAUAAGAUUAAAAGAUGAUAAAAAGCCCAGUUUAAUCCUACCUCAAUUUCAAUCGUGAAAUAUCUAAUUUUUAAACUAGGUUUCAACGCUAUGGUUCAACGAUAAAAAUUCAUUGAACAAAGUUUUAAAAUCAUUGUCAUGAUCAUUGUCAAACCUGAAAUGUCAUUUACUGUUGGUAUUGUUAUGGACGUAACUACUUUUAGUCAUAAAAUUUAUAAAGUUUGGUAAACGCAAUUCGUGCACCCUCUAUAAUAUAACAAUUUUAUUGUACCGAGUGUCCUUCAUUGUUAUGUACUUAUAGAUAUACAGGGUGGCCCAUCGAAAACGUUCCGUAAGGCAUA